AUGCCCAGCGUGUUUGAGGAAAUCAUAGUUGAGGUCUGAGAGAUGGAUGCUGGAGGGGCUAUGAUUGCUGUCAAAAGCCCUGCUGCUGUUAGAUUCCUCCACUUCUGUCUGAUGAAGGAGAAGAGAAGUUUCUUGAGAUGCCAUUACUACAGGACAGACCUCACCCUGAAGGACAUGCUGGAGAGAGAGGAGGGUGAAGAGCUGUUUGAUGAACUGGAUUCUAGGCUCCAAAGGCAGUGAAAGGCUGAGUUUUUAGUUCUCGACAAUGUGGACUCAAAGGGAAAGUUGAUAGUGAAAUUACCCAAAGAAAUAACCAUUGCAGGCAGCUUCCAGGGGUCCCACAAAUAGAAAAUCAAGAUAUUGGAGAAAUGGAUAUGCCAGCAAUAUCUGGAUACCUUUGAGAACAGGAAGCUGAAAAGGAAACUACUCCUUUCAUUCCAAUCAAUUCACACAAUGAAAGAAGACCUGAAUCUGGUGACAACUCUGGAGAUAGCAAAGGUGGAAACCCUGAAAACUGAGUGGCAGUAUAAAUUUUGGAGCCAGAUCUAUCAGGGCCAUCUCAGCCAUGAACGCAAGGUGUCCAAGGUCCUGAUCUCUAGUAAGCUGCAGACGGAGGACCCAGCAGGUCCUCUCCUAAGCAGCCUUGUUAAUGCUGCUGGGAUCUUGGCAGACAUCACAGAAGCCAUUCUGGACCUCCUGGAUGCCCUGAUAAAUCUGUCUGAGGAGCAGCAGCUUGUGGCUGAGGCCCUGGAGAAGGGGACCCUGCCCCUGUUGAAGGACUAGGUAGAGUCUAUCCUUGAGCAGAAUUGGGGUACGUAAGCCAGCAAUCCCUAUGACAUGGACUGUGACCCUGAGGCAUGAAUGCUCUAUGCCUUCUAUGUUGCUGUCACCAUCUUGCUGCAGCUAGGUGAGGAGCCUACUCCUGUCUCUUCCUAACUACAAAAGCACUUUAACUGUUCUCACAAGCCUCUGGAGUCUCCCCUCCCCAGUCCAUCUUCACUGCCAACACCACCACAGUCACCUGUCACUAAGAGGACCUCUUUAAAACAAGUGGCUG